CUGCUGGAGCGGCACUACCCCGACUACCCGUGCUGUGAUGGCGAGGAAACCCCGUUGACAAGGCACUGCUUUUUCAUGACGCACAGAAAAUAAAGGGUGGUUAAUUAAUGAUUCCAUGCCCGCUGUCAGAAAGCUGUGUCAUGGAUGAUGAGGACGAUCGCCGUCUUCUGGAUAUUAUAGGAGAUGUGCAGGCAUUGAAUGACUACCUCCACGGCUCCACCAACAAGUCUAUUGAGGAGGAUGAUGUGACGAACGCAGCGUACGGCUCUGCUGGAACCUUCUUCACUAGUAACACUGCUGGCUCUAACUCCGGCCUCAAAGAUGGCGAGUUUGAGGAUACAGCGGGGGCUGGCCUCCAGCUUUCCAGCAGCCUAUCGUUCAUCGAGGAUGAGUUGGGGGGAGGAGCCUCUCCAGGAGGAAUGGAUCUUGGAGGAGGAGAGGACCAGCACUUUGACAUCCUGCAGAAGUCUCUCAUGGAGGCAGACAUCACUGAACAGACUCUGGAACAGGAGGCCAUGCUAGACUCCCAACCACCUCCCCCUCCGGCCUCCUCCCCAUUCCCCGCCCAGCUGGUCUCGGGGGGGUACAGCGGCGGGGUCACCACGGCGACAGCAGCGUUUCCCAGUGGUCAGUUUCUCCAGGGCGUAUCCCAGGUGUCCCAGCUGCCCAACGGCCAGGCAGGGGGGCACAUCCAGGUGUUGGGGUCCUUCGGAGGUGGAGGGGUCCAACAGAUCCUCCUCCGGCAGGGUGGGGAGAUCGGGGGGGUGAUGGGGGGAGUAGCAGCAGGGGGGCAGGUGUUUGCCGCCUCCUCCCAAGUGGGCCAGGUGAACCAGGUGGGCUUGCCCUUUAAAAACAUCCCCCUGCAGAACAUCAUCAUCCAGAGAGGACCAGGGGGCACCCAGGCCCUGGUCAGACCUAUCCAGCCCAAACCCCUUCAAGCUGGGGCUCAGACAGUCUACAGCCUGGGACUCCAGACCACAACCACCACCAUGGUUAACACUGCGGCCCAGGGACACUACACAGCUAACGGCUCCAUCCUGGUCCAUUCUCCGCUGGGGCAGCAGAACCAGGGACAACAAGUCCAGGCCAAUCUGGCCCCAGGGCAGUACCUGGUCCACCACAAUGGCUCCUCAGACCCAUCCCAAUCAACCAUGGUAGCCAAUCAGAACACAGUGCAGCUUGUCACCGGGCAGAACUUCACGGCGACGGCGGGUGGUCAGCUGAUCCAAGUGGGAGGCAGUCAGGUGGGAGUAGGAGGAGCCAUGACCCAAAAAUGGCAGACUUUUCCUGGUACUAGCCCUGCCUCCAUCCAGGCGGCAUCAAAUCAGGGGUGUCUGACGCUGGUUGGCACAGCGACCGCAGGGGUUCGGGGUCAGGUGUCGUGCAGCCCAGUGCAGCGCCUCGCAGUGACUCAGAACAGCAGCUCCCUCUCCCCCAUGUCUCUCUCUGGUACUGCCACACAGGAUGAGGAAUACUCACAGGCUCAGACACAGCUUGUCAACCUCCUUGGAAACAAAGCUGUGAAAACAAUGACCUCCGUGAGCCAAGACUCCCUGCUAAACACACAGGUCAGCGCUCAGAAGAGGCAGGCCCCUCAGCAGCUCACCAGAGGAGCAAUGAUGCUACAUCAGUUGACGAUGGAUCGUUCAGGGGUUCUGUCACCUGACAUCACCCGCUUCACCUCAUUGGACGACGCACUGCACAGACUCCUCCCCUACCACAUGUUCCACGGUGCUCCGCCCAACAAGGAAGAGUUUUCUCAAGUGGAUGAUGAGUUUGAGACGAUGGCGACUCAGGUGUUGAAGAGGACCCAGGUUAUGAUCAACAAAUACAGACGACUGCUGAUGGUGGAGGCUGAGCGCUCCAGUCCCUCCUCAGAGAUGGUGAUGAUUGACAGGACCUUUAACCAAGAGGAACGGCAGAACCUGACACAGGACAAACGUAUGAUACUGGUUGACCCAGAUGGCUUCUUGGAAGAUUUCUGUUGUGCGGUGAAGCCGUCUCUCCUCUCUCCCCCCUGCCUCCCCUUGGACCCUCUCUCCUCCCCCUCGUCCAACCAUGGCCAUAGACAGUCAGUGGGGGGGUUGAACACAGACUCCCCUCACAGGACAGACCCCCAGUCAGGCUAUGGAGACCCGGGGGGAGGUAGUGGGGGAGGAGGAAAAGACUCUUAUAAGAGUAUCAUUGACCUGAAGAGAACUCAACAUAGCAACUAUGGAAACAAAGCUGCUUGUAGCAACAACAACAGCAACUAUCACCUUGGAAACGUGGCUGCUACGGCCACAGCGGCAGUGUCGACAGGGACGGAACAGACUCAGCACCUGUCUCACCUGCCCUCUCACCCCCAGGUCCCCCUACCACUCCCUCCCACCCCGCCCGACACAGACUCGGUUCUAGAGGCAGCCGUCAACAGCAUUCUAGAAUGUUAGAGACUGACAGGCAGACGUGCCCAUCACUCUAUCCUUCCAUUCCUCCAUCUCUCAUCCUCCCAUCCUUUAAAACGAGUUAUAUCCACAAAGAGUUCUCUAUAUACAGUAUCUCUAUGACAACAGGUACAACUCAGAUAUUACUGCCACGUGUGUCCACUUAUAUCAGUGCAUUUGUAACAACCUAACCAUUGCAAAACUUCUAUUUGAUCAAAUAAGCCUCACGAAGCAAAUUAGCAAUUACAUUUUUUGUUGGCCAAAUUCGACACCCUUUCUCAUUGACCUCUAUACAAACAUUCCUAAAUUCCUGAAACUCAAUGUUAGGCUACGUCCCACAAUGUUGAAGUUCAGGGAGGAGGAAGAUGAUGAUUCUGUGCCUGAGAAAUUCUACGUUGUCCUUGAAAUGUUUACAUGAAAAAGCCUUGUAAGAAAUGUCCUUUUUGCACCUGACAUUACACACCUACACAUAAAAUACAGUAGUAAUUGAUGGAUUGGAAAACUACAACAAAUAUAGCUAUUUUUGUGUUUUCUACAUCAGUCUUCACAGUAAAGUCAAGCCAGAGAGACUCACUCACACUCUUGUGUCUAUAUAACGACUAAACAAGCAGCUUUUGGUUUUCUGUCAGUUGUCAUUUUCUUAUUUGGCAUUUUUCUUUUGUACCUUAAAGGUAUGUGACGCCCCUCUGCACUCACACACAUUCACUCUCAUUAGAGUGUAUUGGUGCUGGGGGGAACUAACUCCUCAGAUUGAGGGAGAAAUGUUUCGCCGUGUUUCUUUUUUUGGUUUCAAUUUUUUAUAAAUCACGAUUUGUGUUGUUAGGGAUGUGUGUACCAGCGAAGUUAACACGCAACCACUGUAACUAUGGUGAGAUUUAAUGACCCUGGAAGGUUAUGGGUUGUAUGUCUCUGCGUACGUACGCUGGACGAAUGUCACUCAUUACUUCGCCUGCUUAACUUUCCUCUCCUCUAUUCUAUCCAUCACUUCACUCAAUCCUCCUGUCCCGCCCAACAAUUAUACCCCAAUCAACAGGAGAGGGGAGUGUCUAUGCUCAUAAAUUGACUGAAUGAACAGACUGAAGGCUUUAGAGAGAGAACACAGCUGUCUGUUUUACAUGUUGUCUUGUCAACCCUCUGUAUUUCAGCCCUGGUCCUGACCACCCCCAUGUCUCAAAUGACACCCUAUGCCUGUGAUAGUGCACUACUUUUGACAAGCUUAUGUGGCGUGGAGCAAAAGUAGUGCACUUAAUGGGAAACAGUUGUUUCACACAGGAGUGCCUAAGGUUGAUAGACUAGGCUCUUUCUGGCAAGGAGUGACACAUUUUUACUUCAUUACCCCCAUUUUCACUGUUUACUUUGGUCUCACUCUACAUGCUUUGUAUAGUUUUUAUAUAUAUCUAUAUAUAAAAAUGAAACAAUAUUUAUACUUUUUUGUAAAGAAAAAGAAUGUAAAAACAUUUUGUAUUCUGUUGGCUAUGAAGUGUUCCAAAAGAAAUUGUUACAAAUACUGUGUUGUUCAUUUUUAGUUUGUGUUCACUACAACAGAAAGAGAAAAGUCAACAAUACAUUCAUUUUGAAUACAAUCAUAAA